AUGAAUUGCUUUCAACAUCAGACGACGGAACGAAAGGACACCAUCCGCAAUCUUCUCAACGGCAUUUGGCGCGUUCUGCCGCCUGAGCCGAAGGAGACAGCCUCCCUUACUUGGGAUGAGGCUGACGCGUAUUUCAAACACUAUCUGAAAUUGUUGCAAGACCGACGGGUUGUUGAUGGCAUUAGUAUCAGCUUCUCCAACACUGAUAACGCGGCCGAAGAAGUGAUCAGAUUUGUUCAAUUUGUACGGGAGCGAUGGGACCAACCAGUUGAGAAAAUCGAGGACGACAUUAGAAAUGAUCCACCACCAUUUCUGUUGAAAUCGACGCAUGAUGCGACACGAAUGGCCUUGAAAUUAGCUCUCAGGCUAUGGCUUUUCGUCGAUCCAAACCUCUCAGAUUCUGCUACAGUCCAACCACAACCUGGACAAACAUCGGCGGGUCUUCAGCUCCAUCAGGCAGUGUCGAGUUCACUAUGGCCUAGGAGCAGCCCAAGUCUAAAGACACUUUCGGCAGACUUCUCUGCCAAAAGCCUGAUUCGGAAAGGUGGCUUUGAGUUUCAAUCCACCGGGGAUUUGAGCGAGCACUUGACGUUUGAUCCGGAUUGCCGAUGGAUAAUCAGGGUUUUCGGCUGUGCGAGAGCUCUUGAAGUUCACAGACUGUCAGAGAAAAUAAUCGUGUACCCAGAAGCCUUCGUGGUCGAGGUGCAGAAAACUCUGCAGCUACUUUUUCCCACCGCUGGCCGGAAGUCUGGCAGACGUACGCGAGAAUAUGUCAAAAGGUAUCGAGCCGACCUCGAAGCCCCCAUAGUCGAGAUGAACCGUCUCAGUCUCGGCACAUACCCCUUUUUCGGCGAAAGGCUCGAACACAUCCAAAAGCGUUACAAUGACUCCACGCAAAGGCUGCUCCGGCAGUGGUACUAUGACAGGCGCAAGCGGGUCGAGUGGGCAACCUUUGUCGUUGCCGUUAUUGUCUUCAUCCUGACGGUGGUUUUCGGGAUCAUAUCAUCAGUGACGGGAAUCUUGCAGGUGUACGCGGCGUACAAGUGGCAUAAUUGA